UAAAAAAUUCUUUGUUAAUAGGGAUGUUCUCUUUUACAUUUUGUUCUGUUGUUAGUAUCGAAAAGUUCACCAAUUUAGAUCUUAAAUUGUGUGGAUUUGUGGUGUUUGGUUUUCAUUAGUGUUUUUACUUUGAUAGUUACAGAACUUUAUAGUUCUUCUUUGAAAUUCUUUUUUUCUGAAAGUGGGUAUUUUCCAGAUUCCUCAAGGAUUGCCUACACGCUUAAAAAAAGUAUUCCGAUUCCUUGCAAAUGCUGCCUGAUUUAAAGCUGAUAUUUUUCCUUUGAUACCCUAUAAGCUCUGCAUUUUCCCAAUAGUUUCUCCUUCUGUUUUAAUUCUUAUCGAAUGCUCUAACGGGAAUUCCAUUCUUCGAGUGAUCAAUCUUCUAAACGAUUAGUGACUUAGGAACUUGUUUGGAUAAAACUUCCGUGUUUUGGCUGUUUUUGUCGGUUGAAUUUGAUGUUAUGAAGUGGGAAAUGGAAAUUCUGUCGUCAGCAUCUUAUCUCUCCAGCACAAGUUGGUUUGCUGAAGAGAGUAAGAGCACGAAAUGGACAUCAGCAGAGAACAGGAUGUUCGAGAAUGCCUUGGCAGUAUACGAUAAAGAUACGCAGGACCGAUGGCGAAAAGUGGCUGCGAUGAUCCCGGGGAAGACAGUCGGAGAUGUAAUCACCUCUCCAUUCACAUUGGAUUGGGUGAACAGCCAUGGUUAUGAUGGAUUGAAACAUGCAUAUGGACUCGGUGGAAAGAGAUCUUCAUCAGGCAGGCCUGGAGAUCAUGAGAGGAAAAAAGGGGUUCCUUGGACAGAAGAGGAGCAUAAAUUGUUUCUAAUGGGGGUAAAGAAGUAUGGCAAAGGGGAUUGGAGAAAUAUAUCUCGCAAUUUCGUUGUCACACGGACACCGACUCAGGUGGCUAGUCAUGCGCAGAAGUAUUUCAUCAGGCAGCUUUCAGGAGGGAAGGAUAAGAGAAGAGCUAGCAUUCAUGACAUAACAACGGUCAAUCUCAACGACAUGAGAACUGCUUCUCCGGACAGUAGGGGUACUCCACCUGAGCUCCCUCAGCAGCCGAAUUCGGCUUCCAUGCCCAGAACACACUUUCGAUGGAAUCAGCCUUGCCGUGGGGCAACAAUGGCUUUCAAUUCAACAAAAGCAAGUAUGCUAAUGUCUUCUACUUAUGGGGAUCCCUCCUAUGGAUUGAAAAAGCAGGGGCAGAGUCUGCAAACUGCUGCUGCACAUGAGUUCUAUUUUGGACCUCAGAAUUUGGUUUUUCAGAUGCAAUCAGCCGAACAAUACCCUCAAGAUCACCUAUUCUGAGGUCCUCCUGCCAGUUUAUUAUUAAUUUAUUGUAGCUGUCUUUGUGCUUUUAUGGUUUUAUCAUGUGUAUAUUAUCAAGAACUUAAGUUUAGUUCAUAGCAUUAAAAACAAGAGGUGAUAGGAUUGAGUUUUGCUAGGAACUUGAGAGUACGAAAUGUGAAACUCUGAGGGAAGAUUCUUAAACAUGGAUUUCCCUCGUAUUCAAGAUUCUGUAGUUGAAUCUGAUUGUCCCUUGACCAAAUUAUUAUGCUAUUUGGUAAUAGUGGUGAGCUUAUCCUGAUUGCAUCGACAUGCGGGGUCUGAAUUACGGAUUAAGCCGUCUUCAAGUUCAGGAAUAUGAUUUGAAGCAUAAGAGAAGAAUACACAACUUUUUUACUAUAUUUGGCACUUAAGAAGGCUCAAAGAUAAGAUCAGAUUGCACCAUACAUGCAUCGGCGAGCAUAAGAGAAGAAUACACACGAGAAAGAGGCAAUAGAAUAAGCAUCUACAACCGGAAGUUCAAAGUUUUAGACAGUUGUAAGCAUGAACGAGUGGUGGUAAUUUUCAGAAGUUCGUCAACCUAGCUGUAAACUUUUGGCAGUUCCAUGUUGUAAAUCCUAGUAAUUUGAAUCAAGACCAAUAAUUCCAAGUUUCAAA